UGCUCUGUGCCUGGGCGAAGUGAUGGACGGCAGAGCAGAGAUGGAAGUUGUGAGAAGCACAAAGGGGAAUCCUGCUGGAGAGGUCAGUGUCCACGUGGUCACCACUGAGAGCACUGUGCAGAGCACUCACCUGCCAACAACUGCCUUCAUCAUACCAGCAAAUGCCACUACUAUCAACCUUCCUGCCAGCGCCUUAGAAAUCCAGCGAUUCCCCCGGGAGCCGCAGAGGAACACAGGGGCCGAGAGGCCAGAGAGAGGAGCAGGGAAUGAGCCCAUUACAGCCACUGUCAUCCCCCAGAUCAGUGGGGUGCAGACCUGCAACACAGUCCGUGUGCUGGAGUGGAAAGAUGGGGUGGCUACUCUGCCCGGGAGCAACCUACGGUUUCGGAUAAAUGAGUAUGGGACGCUGAAGGUGGUGAGCGCUGAUAAGAUGCCUCCGGUGGAACCUAUAAAGGAGAGUCACCCAGAGAAAGACGGGGACUUGGAGGUGCCACCCAGCAGCAGGGACAAUCCUACCGUUGCUCAGGACGUUCCAGAGCAGCCCAAGCUGCCCACAGCAGAGAGCAUGUGUCACUGUGAUACCUGCGGCCGCAGGCAUGUCUUGGAUGGGACCAGGGAACGCAGGGGGUUCUGCAGUGAACACUGUCACCAGCAGUUCAAAGAAAGGUCUGUCAUUGUGGAAAACUCUGCCAACAGCACCAAUGUCAAUGAAAUCCUCAAGCCUGUGAAGAAACGAAAGAGGAAGGAUUACCAAAGCCCUUCGGAAGAAGAAUAUGAAUCUGAGCAAAUGGAGGAAAAGCAGGAAGAGAGAAAAAGCUCUGCAGGAGACUCAGCCAUCAGCAAUCCAGACACGGAAGCGUGGAACGGAAGUCAGCACGGUGCCAGCGAGGAGAAGAAAGAAGGCUGGUCUUGGGCGUCCUACCUGGAGGAGCAGAAAGCUGUCGCUGCCCCUUUAGAUCUCUUCCAGGAUUACCAAGUAGCUUCCCAGCACAAGAAUGGCUUUAAAGUGGGGAUGAAGCUGGAAGGAAUCGACCCACAGCACCCAUCUAUGUACUUUAUCCUUACCGUGGCUGAGGUGUGUGGUUACCGCAUGCGGCUCCACUUCGACGGCUACUCCGAAUGCCAUGACUUCUGGCUCAAUGCCGACUCCCCCAACAUCCACCCUGCGGGGUGGUUUGAGGAGACAGGGCACAAACUCCAGCCCCCGAAAGGGGUUGUAGGUUAUAAGGAGGAAGAAUUCAGCUGGACAAACUACCUGAAGAUAACAAAGGCUCAGGCAGCUCCAAAGCACCUCUUUGUGAUCCGAAACAGUCACGAGGCUCCCCAGGGCUUUGAGGUGGGCAUGAAGCUGGAGGCCGUGGACCGCAUGAACCCGUCCCUCAUCUGUGUCGCCACAGUGACCGACGUGGUAGACAAUCGCUUUUUGGUGCACUUUGACAACUGGGAUGAUACUUAUGACUACUGGUGUGAUCCCAGCAGUCCAUAUAUUCACCCAGUCGGAUGGUGUCAGGAACAUGGCAAACCUCUCACACCUCCUCAAGACUAUCCUGAUCCUGACAACUUCAGCUGGGAAAAGUACCUAAAGGAAACUGGAGCGUCUGCUGUCCCAGCUUGGGCUUUUAAAGUGCGCCCACCCCAUGGCUUUCUGGUCAACAUGAAGCUGGAAGCUGUGGACAGAAGGACUCCUUCCUUCAUCCGAGUGGCCACCGUGGAGGAUGUGGAAGAUCACAGAAUAAAGAUCCAUUUUGAUGGCUGGAGUCACGUCUAUGAUUUCUGGAUCGAUGCAGAUCAUCCAGACAUCCACCCCAUAGGCUGGUGCUCAAAAACUGGGCACCCACUGCAGCCUCCUCUCAGGCCAAAGGAACCAGCCUCCUCUACCCAUGGUGGCUGCCCAACUCUGGGCUGCAAGAACAUCCCUCACACCAAGGGCUCCAAGUACAACUUUCACCACAGGAAGUGCCCCACACCGGGUUGUGACGGGUCAGGACACGUGACCGGGAGAUUCACAGCCCAUUACUGCCUCUCAGGGUGUCCACUGGCAGAGAAGAACCAGAGCAGGCUUAAAGCAGACUUAUCUGACACUGAAGCCUCAGCUCGAAAGAGGAACCUGAUCAGCUUCUCUCAGCGAAAGAAAUCUCGGCACCACGGGAGAGGGCGACCUCCAAAGUACCGAAAGAUCCAACAAGAAGACUUCCAGAGUAUUUCCUCAGACAACAUGCACCAGUCACUCUUCAUGUCCGCCCUGUCUGCCCACCCUGACCGCUCGCUGUCCCUCUGCUGGGAGCAGCACUGCAAGCUCCUGCCGGGGGUGGCUGGCAUCACAGCAACCACAGUGGCCAAGUGGACCAUUGAUGAGGUCUUCAGCUUCGUCCAGACUCUGACAGGUUGUGAGGACCAAGCCAAACUCUUCAAGGAUGAGAUGAUCGACGGCGAGGCUUUCCUCUUGCUGACGCAGGCUGACAUUGUCAAAAUCAUGAGCGUCAAGCUGGGUCCAGCACUCAAGAUCUACAAUGCCAUCCUCAUGUUCAAAAAUGCCGAUGACACCUUAAAGUGACUUUUCUUGGCCCAACUGAGACCUUCUCUCAGCAGUGGAGCUGGCAAACUGUCUGGCCAGGACAGAGGCCUCCCACAACAACCCACAGCUUGUCAUGUCCUGCCCAUGCUCUCUUGGAUGCCUCAUGUCUGUUCUCACACCAAGUCCAUCUCCCUGACCCUC